AAAAAUUGUGAAUAGAAGACUCGAGAGUUCUAUGAUUGUAGUAGAUAGGCAGAGGGGGGAGAGAGAGAGAGAGAGAGAGAGAGAGAAGAAAUAGUAGUUGCUGAAGUUUAAGUGUCUGACACAGCAGACGAAAACCUAUCGACGACCGCCACUAGCCAGUAGCCACCCUCUUCUUCCCUGACCAGCAGCCUCUGCAGACUUUGGUCUAUCUUAUUCUCCUGUUACUGUGGUCCAUCUCCUACCCUACACCUCCAUAUAUCUAAAAACCCAGUACAGCUGAAACUCUCAUUUUUUUUCUUCUCAUAAUUUCUGGGUUUUUUGUGGUGAUAUUGUUCAACGGGUCUGAAGAUUUUUGCAGAUCGGCACGGAAAGGCCGAGUCUUUGGACCGUUUUCCGGUGAAGGUUGAAUCUUUCUGUAUUGGGUUUCCUAUAUUUUGAUGAGAUAGAUGCUGUUAUGUGACUGAAAAUCGUUUCUGGUAUUAUCUCCAGCUCCCAUAGAUUGCUAAAACCUCUCUCUCUCUCUCUCUCCUUUUUCUGGUUUUCUGCAUAUCCGCCACCCGUCCAAAAUUCUAGAAAAAAGAAGCAACUCAUACCGCAUCGUCUCAAACUCUCUGACAACAUUUCUAGAAGGAGAAAAAGAAAUCCUCGCGGAUAUCGCUCGAUUUCAAGACCAGAUUUUCCAUAAAUUUCAAAUAUCACUUGGGCUUUAAUUUUCAUUAAUUCAAUGUGAAUGAUGAAAUGAAUAGCCGAUGGUUUUGGUUGUAACCAGGUAGGUGGGUGGAAACAAGAGGAAGGCACACACGGCAUGCAGCGAGAGAGCAAGAUAACGAUAACGAUAACGAUCGCCGUUAGUUUUGUCAGUUUUGAGUGUCGAGAGAUUCUGAAGGAUUAGCGUCGGACACGUUGAGCACACCCUCACAACAAUCCAAUUUCCUCCUCCUCUUUAUAAACCUCUGCAUGUCGCUUGAAGACUCGCAUCAACCCAUCAAACGAUUUCAGAUCAUCAUAAGAGAGAACGCAACAUGCAGCAACAGCAGCAGGAGGGGGGUGAGCAAAGCGAGCAGCAGAACCAGGAUCAGCGGUUGAAGGCAGCGGCGGAGCAGGAGAACCAGCAGCCACACAGGUGCCCGCGGUGCCACUCCAUGAACACCAAGUUCUGCUACUACAACAACUACAGCCUCUCUCAGCCGCGGUACUUUUGCAAGGCGUGUAGGAGGUACUGGACUCAGGGCGGGACCCUCCGCAAUGUCCCCGUCGGCGGCGGCUGCCGAAAGGGGAAGCGCGACAAGGCGGGUUCCUCCUCGGCGUCUGCAUCUCGGACCGUGCAGCCUCAGCAGCCGCAGCCACCACAGAUAGAGCAGGACAUGGUGAACACUCUGGGAAUUGGCGGUGGCUCCGUUGGGAUGUCCACGGAAAACCCGAGCGGUGGUUUGGCUAUUCGCCAUCAGUACUACCCUGGUGCUUCUCAUGGGUACUUGUCAUCUCUUGCAGGGCUCCAAUCUCUGAAUCAAUCUCAGCCGUUCAAUGUUGGGGGUGGUCAUGAUCCUUCCUCGAACAUGAGCCUGCUGCAGGGGUUCAAUCUCUCAGCUCCUUUGGUGGUGGCGCAGCCACAGCAGCGUCAGCAGUUUUAUCAGAUGGGCGGCGGUAGGAGCAACAAUCUGGUGGAUCAAGCUGCUCCAUACCCAUCUGAGAAUGAUCAGUGGGCCCCCCAAAGCUUCGUCAACAGGCCAUCUUUGAAUGCUUCUUCUUCUGCAGCAGAAGCCUCUGACAGCGCUUUGUGGGCCAUGGGCAACAACCCCAUCACCACCACCACCACCACCAGCAGUGGCGGCAGCACUUCUCUGAACCCAAACCAGUUGCCUGAUCUGCCCGGAUCAUAUGGCUCUCCCAAUUAAGAGACUUUUAAGGCAUGCAUAUCCCUACAAGCAUGGAAAUUAAUCAUAUAUUUGCUUAAGUAUACCAAAGGGAGAUUACCUUAUGGAUCUCAAAGUCUCCCCUUAAUUUUCAGUGCUUAUAAUUAUGUACUAAAUUGGUUAAUUGUACUUGGUGGUUAAAGUAUGUAUGAUCUUUGUUUGUCACAAAGAUAUAUAUUAUGUUGUGAGUAAAAGGAUAAUAUUUGGGUCGUAAACAUGUAUAGCCUUUUGUUCAAUUCCAUGAGUUAGGGUUAUUUAGGUGGUAGUGUUUGAACUUAAAAUCAUCAAGAGUUAUUGAGUUAAA